GUUGUGUGUACUUCAGCCAGUGCUAAGCUUCUAACUUAAAACUAACUGUAAAUUGGAAAAAGGAACCCCUUACUGGUGAUCUGUGUUAAUUAACUUAUGAAUGGUUUUGACUCUAGCGCCAUUUAUUUUGUUAAAUUUGGAUUUGAAUAGAGAAUAUAUUUUAGUUAAGGUCAUGCCCGGGAGCUUGAUUAGUUUCCCACUGUGUUUACAAAUGAAGCUAUGAUAAAAAUAUAUUUGUACUUGCAGUUUUGGCAAGGGGGAAAAUAAAAUACAGGUAGUGGAUGUCUAAGAGCCUAAGUAAGUAAGUAAAGUCCCUAUUUACUGAUCUACUGCCAUCUGUUCGCUUUGAAUCCAACCAAAUAAAAGUGUAAAAAACAAAAAUGAAUAAUAGCUUAAUAAUAUCAUAUUUGAUCAUCAAAUUAACUACAGUCAUCUGUUAUAUUUACUCAGGCUACGGUUAAGCAAACUUAAAAUAAAGCUGUAAGUUGGAAGAAGGAGCUAGUCUGUGCUAAUUAGUAUUAGAAAAUUAGCUACAUUUUUAAAAUUUAAAUUGGAAUAAGGAUGAUAUUUUAUUAAGGCUAUGUCCAGUAUCUUGCUUAGUUAUCCACCACAUUUAUAAACAAAUCUAUGAUUAAAACGUAUUUGCUUGUUUAAUAAGGAAACAUUAAAGCUGGUAGCGGUGUACCACACCUAUUAGUGUAGUCUCUUCUUCUUCUGAGCUAUUUUUUGUAAAUGUUUAAUUUGAUAAGAAUAAAGAAGAUACUUUAGGUAAGGUUAUGUCCAGUAGCUUUCUUAGUUAUUCACUUUACCUAUAGACAAAGCUAUUAAAAAAAUAAGGUUUCCAUUUGCAAGUUUAAAGAGUUGAUAAACAAUGUACCAUGUAUAACAGCCUGAUUACAACACAUGUAUGGUCCCAAACUGCUCAUUUAUUGUCAUCUCCUCUACAGAUCACACCGCAAAUGAACAAAAACCUCCAAAGAAUUAAUUGUGGUCAUCAAUUAGGUUUAUUACAUCUGAAUGGAAGUGGAAAGUAGAAACUUCAUUCUUGUAUUCUUGUUAGUUAUACCCAAAGUAAUUUUGUGAUUUACGUAUAAAAAAAUCUUACAAUGUAGUGAUGGUUUUGUCGAGUAACUGUUGUAGUUUUCACUGUAUAAGCAGGGUUUACGACUACAAAUACGUUUGGUAUGCAUGCCAAAAAGUGGCUGUCUGCCAGAAAGUUAUUGCCAAUGUUUCUGUUUGUUAUUUAUGCCUAAUACCUUUACUGAUAUUGGUAAAUAGACUGUAGUCGACAGGAUUUAUGAAAGCUUUACUUAUAAAAUGAAGAAAUUACCUGUUUAGUAAGUAUAUUUAAUACAGAGUUAUUGUACCUUCUAUUGUUCUACAUUAUAAUUAAUCCAGUCCUUUUUGGCUACUUUACAUAACUUUUUAGAACUGCUAUUUUAUAACUUUGUGGCGCCCUCUUGGACAGAUCUCUUUUGGAAAAUUGAUUUUUAAUGUAAUUUACAUUUUAUAUUUGGAUAAAUAAGGCAUAUGAAAUAGUUACUUUGCCAAAAACCUACCUUUUGAUAGGAAUGUUCUUUCUGGCUCAGAAUGACUCAUUAUGAUUCAUGAGACAUAUGUUGGACAAAUUAUAGCCCAACAAAUCAUUUACAGCACUUUAAAUACUCACAAUCUGUUUAAAAAAAAAAAUACUAGAAAUCACCUUUUGGCAUGUACACGUUUUAAUGAGACAAUUUCAAGCUGCUGGAUGUGUAACAGCCUAAUUAGGGCAAGUGUGAUGGAUUGUCUGUUCAAGUGUGUUAUUGUGUAGCUACGUUAAUUGCUUUCAAUUUGACAGGCAGUAAAGUGGGAGACCACAACCACAGAGCUGUCAUGCGUGACUGUUAAUCCACGCUGUCAGUAAAAAACAGCCAGACAGGCUACAUCAUUAUAUCCAGGAACUGAUUUCCCACCUCCUGCUAUCAGUGUAGUUAUUUAAGUCUCUCAUCUCAUUCUUGUUAGAGGAGGUUAAACAAAUCUCCUAAGCACCGCAGGCUCUUCUCUGCUUUGUCCCAAAGAGAGCACCAGCAGCUCUGCUUGCCUUUUGGUUGGUGGCAGAGCAGGAACAUGUGGUCAUGCAACGGCCAAUGCCGAGCCCUGAGAAGGCAAUCGGUGCUGUCAGAGCAGCAGCAGCAGCAGCAGCAGUGCUGGCACUGGAAAGGAACUCUGCAGAAAGAAACCCAUCUAAAAGAGACAGGGGAGGGGGGGUUGGAUUUGAUUACAGACCGGAGGAUGAGGAUGCAGUGGGAAUGGCAUGUUGUAGAGGAAGAAAGAAGAAAACAAACAAGAGUACAGGCUGUUUGAUCAAGGUCUAAAGAUGUAGGAGCUGCAUCCGAGGAAGCAGGCAGUCAGUGUGUCUGUGAACGCACCAUCACAUCAGGGGACUUGUUGUGGUUCAAGGAUAGUGAAGGUGGAGAGGCGCAACCUGAGAAGUCCCCUCCCGCCACUUCCACAGAGGAUGACAGAUUAAUCCUUAUUCAGCAAGGAGCGAAGAAUCACCCCGAGGAUCAGAUGUUGUCCACGGCUCAGCAGAUGCUUCAGGAUAGCCGCUCUAAGAUUGAGCUGAUCCGACUGCAGAUUAUCAAAGUCGCCCAGGCUGGCAGCAGCAGCAGUGGUGUUGAUGGUGGUGGAAACCCUAACAGCUCCACUCAUGGAGGUCAGAGUGCUGGGACAAAGAUAUCUCCCCUCACUGCGAGUCUCGUGGAUGCUCGCUUGGUAGAGUUGCAGCACUAUGUGCAGAGGGAGUCAGAUGCAUUGGUGCUGGCCAAAGAUGUGGUGAAGGAGCUUGAAGGGAUCUCAUCGUUGGACCGGAAGGCCCUGGCUGAGGCUCAGGCUCGGGUGCAGGAAUCCUCCCAGAAACUGGGUCUUCUGCAGCUUUCCCUGGAGAAAUGCCUGAAGGAAAAGAAACAGGAGCCUCUACAGCAGCCUGCAGGAGGGGGACCUCCUUCUACCCAAAACCCCACAACUGGGUGUCCCCUUUCCACCUCGCCAUCCGUCUUCUCCAUCAGACCUGCCUCCUUAACCGGCAAACUUGAAGUCCGGCUUCUUGGAUGUGAGGAUUUACUGAAACCUCUGGGAGAUUCAGAACAAGAAGACCAUCCAAACCCUGCAGAGACACCAGCUGCUCACAAACCAGACGGACCUCCAGAGAUCAGUGGUGUGCUCAGGCUGGACGGCAGAGUGGUCGGCCGGACGCGCUGGGCAUCCAUCAGCAGGCUGAGCUGGGACCAGACGUUCUACAUCCAGCUAGAGCGGUCCCGGGAGCUGGAGGUCGGUGUCUUCUGGCGGGACCAGAGGGCGAUGUGUGCAGUCAAGUUCCUGCGACUGGAGGAGAUGAUGGAAAACCCAAUCAUCAACCAGGGGAUAACUUUAGAGCCACAGGGCCUCCUCUACACUAAGCUUCGAUUUAUUGACACUGUGCUCGAACGGCAGCCAAAGCUGAGACGUCAGCGGUGCAUCUUCACUAAAGAGAGAGGGAAGAACUUUCUCAGAGCAGCCCAGAUGAACAUGAACUUUGCCACUUGGGGUCAUCUGAUGAUGAGCAUCCUCCCUCGCUACAGCUCCUUCACCACAUUCAGCUCAUCUUUCUCUGCGACCCCUGACCUGGUGGUCAACAACGCCCCCCAUGCAACUGAAAAGGAGCCUCAAACUACCACUUCACUGCCAAGCGAAGCUCCAGUAAUCAGACUGAGCAUCACUGAGGAUCAGCCCUCUCCCACCAUCCUCGACCAGGAAGAAAACACAGCUGGCAUCAUCAGUGCAGUGCACCGAACAUCAUCUGUGCCCACACUGCAAGAAAAACUGUCCUCCAUAGAAGAAAGCGAAGAUCAGCCUGUAUCUGCUCUAAAGAUGCAGGUGGAAGAUUUUAAGUAUAUCUCAGUUCUUGGCAGAGGACACUUUGGGAAGGUCCUGCUGGCAGAGUUUAAGAAGACCGGAAAAUUGUAUGCUGUCAAAGCUUUGAAGAAAAGAGACAUUGUGACUCGUGAUGAAGUGGACAGUCUUAUGAGCGAGAAGAGGAUCUUUGAGAUGAUCAACGCGUCCAGGCACCCGUUCCUCGUCAACCUCCACGGCUGCUUCCAGACCAGCGACCACGUCUGCUUCGUCAUGGAGUAUUUACCCGGCGGUGACCUCAUGAUCCACAUCCACAAUGAUGUGUUUACCGAGGCUCAGACCAGGUUUUACUCAGCAUGUGUCCUGCUUGGUUUAGAGUUUCUGCAUCUGAAUAAAAUCAUCUAUCGAGAUCUGAAGCUGGACAACCUGUUAAUGGAUGCAGAUGGGUUUGUGAAAAUCACAGACUUCGGACUUUGUAAAGAAGGGAUGGGACACGGCGAUCGGACCUCAACUUUCUGUGGGACUCCUGAGUUUCUUGCUCCUGAAGUCCUGACAGACGACAACUAUACGCGAGCAGUGGAUUGGUGGGGGAUGGGCGUCCUCAUCUACGAAAUGCUUGUUGGAGAGUCUCCGUUCCCUGGUGAAGAUGAGGAGGAGGUGUUUGACAGCAUCGUUAAUGAUGACGUGCAGUAUCCCACCUGCAUUCCUCCCAAUGCUGUCGCCAUCAUCCAGAAGCUGCUAAAGAAGAAUCCACUAAAAAGGCUCGGAGGUGGAGAAAGGGACGCAAACGAGGUCAAAGGAGAGAAAUUCUUUGAGACCAUCGACUGGGAAGCCCUGCUAGCGAAGAAAGUAACGCCGCCCUUCCUGCCGUCGAUCAAGGAGCCCACUGAUGUCAGCAACUUCGACAGCGAGUUCACUCAACUCCAGCCAACCCUGUCGCCUCCCUCCAAGCCCUUCAGCCUCUCCGCCGAGCACCACGAAGUGUUCGCGGACUUUGACUUUUGCGCCUUGCAUGGGUGAAAAUUAAACUGACGUGACCGCAGGGGUAAAUUACAACCAGAAUGUCCAGGUUAGUGUCCGCACUGGCAGGUAACACACGUUUAUCAUAACCACAACCCUCCUAUGGCAAGCUACUUUAUUUAUAUAUUUUUAGAUAAAAAGCAUUAAAAUGCAUUAGUAGGGGUUUACAAGAACAAUGACAGGACUUUUAUAUUUUUAUAUUUUGGUCUGCUGUUGUGUUAGUUGAUUGGUUAAUCAGUCAAUCAUUAAAAUUGAUCAGUUAUGAGUCCUUAAUUGAGUACAGAAGUGAAACAUUUGCAGAUUAUAACUACAGCUGUGAGGAUUGCAUUCCUUUUACCAUUUAAUUUCAAUCCCUUUUUAAGGUCUGACUUCAGACUUGUGAUUGCCAGUGGCCUGUGAUUGAUACCUUUUGACAGCUUAGAGAUUGUAAAUAAAAACUACAAAAAAACGAAUGAGUAGGUUAAACGAAUAGUUCAAUAUUUUGAGAAAUAAGCGCAGAGGCUCAGACAGUGAUAUCAGUCGAUUUCGAGACUCUGCACUUUACAGAUUUGGUUGCACUUCAUUUUACGCCGCACUGAUGAGACUUAACGAGAUGGUAGUAAGUUCAAAUCGUUCCCUGUGAGUGCCAAGGCUUCCAUUUGUCAUCCAUUCUGUUCAAAUCUUCUUUGGAUUGAAUUUUAAGGCAUGCACAAAGGGAGGAGGGUGUAAGCAUGUCAGUCUCAGGAUCAUGUCUCUGCCUUAGAGAUACAGCGAGGAGUUUAGUCAUUCAGGAGCAGCUUAGAGUAGAGCCAUUACUCCUCCACAUGGAAAGGAGCCAGGUGAGGUGGUUUGGGAAUCUGACCAAGAUGCUUCUUCAACACAUCCUAGUUGAGGUAUUUUAGGAAUGUCUAAGUAAGAGGAGACCCUGGAGCAGACCCAGGACAUGCUGGAGGGAUUAAAUCGCUUGGCUGGCUUAGGACUUGCCUUGGUGUCCCCCCAGAAGAUCUAAAGGAAAAGGUUUAGUCUGCUGGCUGGCUGGCUGGCUGGCUGGCUGGCUGGCGCUGGCUGGCUGGCUGGAUGGAUGGAUGGAUGGAUGGAUGGAUGGAUGGAUGGAUGGAUGGAUGGAUGGAUGGGUAGGUGGGUGGAUGGAUGUCAAAUCCCUUCCAGCCUGGAUGUUGUUGUGAAGUUUGUAAAUGUAAUAUAAUUAUCUGAUCAGAUACAGGUCAUAACUCUUGGAUGAUUAUCCAUGGUUGCCAAUGUCCAUACUCAUAUUUAUUUUUUAUUUUCUCGUCUUACUAGUGUGCCAUAAAAUAAAGUGCGAGCAUAAAUCUUGCUUGAUUCCAGCUCAAUGAAAGUUUCCCAGCCUGUCUUGAUGCUGACUCUAAAUGUUUCCGCAACUCCAUCAUGUUCAAACUGAUCCCAUGGCUAAAAACGCUGACUGUUCAUGCUGUCAUUGAUCUGACAGCACAACAAAGAUAAAUAAAUAACCAGGCAGCAUCAUUUUUUUGUGUUUCUGACUGAGCAAACAAAGUGAUAGUGACCCUAUAUAAUCUCUGCAGAGAGCCAAAGUUAGUCCGGACCGCCAGCCUGCUCUCACCUCCUCCUGCUGGUAGUUUAUUUCGGAGAUCUGGUGAAAGGUUGAAACAAAUCUGAUAGAGACAGACACGGGAUGCUUGAAGAGUCUAUACCUUUAUCAUCUCUAGAUAAAUAUGCUAUGUGCAGAUCAAAAACAGGAGGUUCAAAAUAUAGUUCUGAAUUUACAGUAGCUAAACUCUAAUAAUAGAUUUUCAUUUAAACUGUUGAGAGAAAUGCUGAACUACAAAUAUCCUGGCUUGUGUCAACUAAGCCCUCACAUGUUGUUAUUACGACUUCACCUCAUGUCGCUGUUAUUUCCUCUGCGACACUACACGGGUUUCUCCUUUAGCGGCUACGUCAGAGGGUUGUGCAUAAAACCAGGCAUGUGCAGCUGCCCGCUGUGGCGAUCCUUGUGAAGUAGCUUUGUUUUACACUAAGUGGUUUUUGUAAAUUUGCCUCUAAUACAGCAACAAUUUGGGUUCCUUCAUGUUUAUUUAUAAAUGAAUGAAGUGAAUAACUGUCACACACUUCCCCAACUGUUCAUUCUCACUUGAUCGUGCAUCAGUGCCAAGCAAUUACCACAUGCAUGAAAGACGAAAUGUCUCAUGUAUGAUGACAUGAUAUCACAACAAGCAUGAUGAUAUCACACAGGAAAGCUACAAAGAGGAAGACCGCUUUGCGGUAACUUACACAAAAACACUGAAGAAGACUCAGAUUAAAUCGACAGCCUGAAAAUUAACCAAAGUUUUAGAAAAUGUGUUUGAGCAGCAGAUAGAUCCCAUCGAAACUUUAUUAAAUUGAGUAAAAAGGACACUAGAUUAUUCCAAAGGAAAAUCAUGAGCCAUCCCAAAGCCAUCUGUCAAGUCCUGAUUUUAACACUAAAGAAACCAAAGCUAGGAGAUAAUCAAAAGUAACAAAUUUAGUAGUAAAUGUAGGUAAAAAGCUGACUUCAUAUGCUAUUACUUGUUCUGAGCAGCUCCCUGUCCCAACACUUGUUUCUGUUCCUCUCCUGUAUGCCACGGACACAUUAAACCAGAGCCGGUUUACUAUUGAAACUAUGAUCAUUUACAUGAUAGUGAAGUUCAGAUUUUGUAGUAUAGAAUUAAUUUGGUUAAAUUUCUCAUCUCUGGUACUUAUAAAGUUUGAAGUGGGCCUGUAAAUGUGGACGUCAUAAUUAAACAAUCAGCUGAUUCUGAAGGGGUCAGAUGGGAUUACCUCCUGGUUCUUCCUGAUGCAUAUUUAUCAUAAAUGUGCUUUCAGUUUGAUUAUGUCCACUCAGAUGAUAACAUGGAUAAACCUGGGAGCAUAAAGUCAUCUUCAUAGCCUCUUCAAGCCUCCUGUGCGCUGGCGACAGAUAGAGCUCGCUUUGUGGCCUUUGCUUAUCAUUUUCUCCUGCAGAGGUUCAGUAUGUGCUGCCGUCUCUAUGCAUCACUGUGACAGGCUUUGCCCACUGCCUUGACCAAACAGAUGAAACAAGCUACUCUGACUUCUGGUUUAAAACCUUUUUAAAAAAAAGUGUUAAUUUCAGUCCAACAUGUGUGAAGUCAUUCCUUCGUCUGUUACAGCAGUAGGAAGCGCAUGGCACUGUGGUGAACUCGUGCACUAGAAAAUCCUGUAAUCACUAGCAGUAUAAAAGAAGCCAUAGAUAAUCUAUUAUAGCCAUACUAGUGAUAAAGUAUCUGUAUUUUGAAUUUAGUGAAUCAUAUUUAGUGAGCUCUACUGAUAUCAAGGCAAUAAAAAAUAAAAAGAGGAGGAAAAAGCCCUGAUUUUGUUCAUGUGCUCCUAGAAAUCCUGGAAUUUGCCUGCAGCUGGUGACGAGCUGGGGUUCAGAUGAGGCCUGGGGCUUUAAAGUGUAACUUAACACUAAAUCCAUCGUUCGAUCAGCAGCAUUUCAUAUUCAGUCAUGUUUACUGUACAGGUCACUGAUCCAGUUUCAGAGAGAUAUUGACGGCCUAAGCACGAGACAUCCAUGAAUAUUGUUUUCUGGGCUAAAUCUGGUCAGUGUGUUACAGGCUUAAAAAGACUGACAUCCAAUAAAGUGAAAGAUGAAAUGUCUUUUUUGGCUAUUACAAAGACUUGAAUUCACAGUCACAGUUACUGAGGCCAAAAUCCAGUCGAAUUAGGUUCAGAAGUGAGCAGCAGAUUACUCUAGCAAAACUGCAUACAAGCCAUUAAUUUGAGCAACUCGUUGACAAAAUUAGAAGUUUACCCAAAGGGUGAAUGGGAUUUUCUCCUGAUUUGUUUUUUUUUUUUUU